AUGAAGCCACUACUGGUCUUACUUUUAGUAAGCACGCUACAAAUUGUAUUAAAAUGUGAAGACAAAAUAUUCAAAUCAUAUUCAAAUCAGGUGAAAAUUCCAAUACAGAGGAAUAUAAAAAUUAUAAAUGCCAGAAAAUUCGAGAAACUACGAGCUUUGGAAAGUCGAAAAGCGAAUACCAAAAAGGAAAAUAUUGAGAACAACAUGUACACGGUUUUUCCACCUAUUUCUGAAAUGAGAUUACUUGGUGUACCAGACGAAGUGUUAGUUCAAGAGCAGCCAUUUGUUAGCCGAAACUCACGAGUAAAGAAAGUACUACCCGUAUAUAAACAUUCUAUUUUUAGAAAGAAAAGGUCUAUUGAUAAUAUAAAUACAGCUACAAACCAGACUGUUAGGAAAAAAACUGUAAGACGCAAAAAAUUGAUAACUUCAAUGAAGGACGACACUAAGAACUCAACUGGAAAAGUUCAGAAACGAAAUAAUAAAAAACGUAAAUCAAAAUCGAAACCUAGUAAAAGGGAAGUUCCAUUUGUAAUAAAGAAAGCGAAGCGAAGUAGAAGAUUAAAUAACACUAAAACUAAAAUUUCUAGGCAAGCAAAAACAAGGUCCAGUCAUAACUUGAAGUACACCAGUAGGCCGAAGAAGAACAUUAGUCCACGUUUCAAAGAUGCGAUAUUGAAGAAAAUAACCGAUCUAAAUCUAAAACGAGAUGGAAAAUAUCCUAAAGAAAGGAAAGUUCGAAAUAGACGUCUAAUAGCAGCGAGAGAUGCUAUGAUCCAAGAUUAUCCAUAUGUGGUGUCUAUUCAAAAGAAUGAUGAACAUUGGUGCGCAGGCGCAAUACUGAACCCUCGCUUGGUUAUCACCACUGCCAAUUGUGUUUGGAAGUCCAGAAGUAUCAGCCGCAUGCGCGUCAGAGCUGGUAGCAGAUACAUGGAACGUGGGGGUCAGGUCGCCAAGAUAUAUGAAGUGGUCAAACAUCCUAGCUGGAACAUUCGGUCAUAUCCUGAUAAUGACGUUGCUCUGUUAUUACUUGAUAGAAAUAUCAAGUUUUCUGACUCGGUCCAUGGAGUCGAUCUUCCUAACCGCGCUAUGUGGCCUGUGUUCGAAGACGCCUGGGUCACCAGUUGGGGAGCGGAAAGAAGGGACGGCGUGUUCCAGAAUGUAGGAGUGACACUGCACGUGUAUCACGCGAGAUUGUUGGAUCACGCCAAAUGUAAUAACGUAACUCAACGCUUUGGGGUUACAGUUACACGCAACUUUAUAUGCCUCGCGCAGACUGGACGAAGAGCACCUUGCACGAGAGACACAGGCGCGCCCGCUGUGAGCGACGGCAUACUUUGGGGUCUUGCGUCGUGGGGAAUUCGCAAAUUGUGUGGUACAGAGCGGUUUCCAGCUAUGUUCUCAUAUUUAGGUUCCCAAUCAAACUUAGAUUUCAUAACCAACGCUACGCACUAUCUGAUGUCUGACAAACGUUUCUACCCCUAUCCAGAUCGCUUUCCAGUUAACGUCGCUUUACCUAAAGCAUCUACUGCUGGUACUAUA